AUGGCUAUCGCCACGAACCAUCUGUUGAUGGUGCCCAAUAACACCCAUCCGCAAUGGUGGCGCGACAAGGGCAUGCGCCAGAACGUGCUGCACUGCAUUGGAUGCUGCCUUUGCGUGUUUUACAUUGGCUAUGACCAAAGCCUGCUCAGCGCCCUGCAGAGUAUCCCCCAAUGGAACGAGUUCUUCGACAACCCCAAGGACAUGUGGCUGGGCCUCAUCGCGGCGUCCCUCUUCUUCCCAGCACUCAUUACCGUCUUCAUAUCGAGCUGGAUCUCGCAGCGCUUUGGCCGCCGUCCGGCUAUUUGGGUUGGAGCGUCGCUCAUCGUUGCGGGCGGCUUGUUGAACGGCCUGGCCCAGAACACCGGCCAGUUCAUCGGCGGACGUGCUCUCCUCGGCGCUGGCGGCGCCAUGACCAAAGUUUGCGCGGCCCCCCUUCUGAACGAAUUAGCUCAUCCACGCAUCCGUGAGCGGAUGGCUGCAUCGUAUUAUGGGUGGUACUUUGUGGGCUCAACGAUCAGCGCCUGGUUGUGUCUCGGCGGGAUCUAUAUCAAGGGCGACUGGGGGUGGCGCCUUCCCUGCAUUUUUCAGGCAUUUGUCCCGUUCCUGGUGAUCCUGAUCACGUUCCUUGCGCCCGAGUCGCCGCGUUUCCUUGUCGGCAAAGGUCGUCCAGAAGAAGCGCUCCGCGUUCUGGCCAAGUAUCACGCCAACGGCAAAGAGGAUGACCCGAUGGUCCAGCUCGAGUUCAACGAGAUCAUUGUCGCGCUCGAGUCGGAAGGCGAGGAGAAGGACACGCACUGGCGCGACCUCAUCAAGACUCCCGGAAACCGCCGUCGCACGUGCAUGGUCGUCCUCAUCGCCUUCGGUACCAACUGGCUGGGUAAUGCCCUUAUUGCCUACUACCUCACCCCAGUCCUUCGGUCCGUCGGCGUCACUUCGGCGGUGCAGACAUGCUCGCUCAACGCCGGCUUGGCCAUGUGGAACGUCGUGAUCUGCCAGACCGCUGCCUUCUUUGUGCCCAAGAUCAGCCGUCGUGUGAGCUUCUUCACGUCGCACGGCGGGAUGAUCAAGGACACGGUCAAGAACGCAAACAUUGGACUGGCUACCGUCCCCUUCCUCUUCAUCUUCUACGGCUUCUACGACAUUGCCUGGCAAAUCCUUCAGUUCCACUACCCCACCGAAAUCCUUCCCUUCCGCUUGCGCACAAAGGGUCUCGCGCUCUUCACGGCCUGCCAAGUCGGCGCUAACAGCUUCAACCAGUUCGUCAACCCCAUCGCUCUGGGUCGCAUCAAGUGGCGCUACUAUCUUGUUUACAUCUUCAUCAACAUUGCCUACGUCAUCUACUUCUACUUCUACCUCAUUGACACGCGCGGCCUGCCACUUGAGGAGGUCACGAUGCUGUUCGACUACCCGCGCAAGGACGCGCGCCGCAUGGCACGCGAAGAGAUGGAAAAGCGGGUGGCUGCGGAGGAGGAGCGCACCCGCGGGACGCACAAGCUUCAGGCCGUCAACAGCCGCGGGAGCGGCGAGAAGGACGUGGUCAACCAUGUCGAGCGCGUCUAG